CGAGGGCAGAAACAGAAAGAGAUAGCAGAAUUGUUGUCAUCCAGACAUUUGGAGGCGGUGGUAAGUGUUGGUCCACAUAGACUGUAUGUAAACAAAUUACGGUCACAUCAGGAGGGGUAAAGGGGGCUAAGGGCAUGACAUAAGGUCACAGCAGGCAAGUACCCACUGGUUCAGGGUCCACAAUCUCCAUCAGAAAGCUAUUGAACCUCCUCAAUAAUCCCAAUGCAGACGUCAGGAAGCUGAGCUUACUACUUGACACGUGAACGGCCAAGAUUUCUUGAUUGUUUAGACGCCCAUGUGAGUGAUUGGAAUUGCCUAUAAAUUGCAGACCCCUGGACUUCAUCUACUUGUGAGUGGCAGAGCAAGGAAGCUUUCUGGACUCUGAAUCUGGUCUAGAGUUUUCUUGCAUUUUUGCUCUUUUUUUUCCAAAAUGAAUGGAAAUGGGGUGGAAACAUUUGAAGUUGAACCAACUGAUUUAACAGAAAUUGAGAAUGGCAAGCCUGGCUAUGACAAACGUGCAUUACCUGCGGACUGGAAAUUCGGUAUCAAGCUCCAGAAUGUCAUGGAAGAAUCUAUUUAUAAGUACAUGCUGGACACUUUUACUCGCCACCGGGAGCAUGAGGCGUCUAAGGAGCUGUGGCAGCGGACGUGGAAGCUGACUCAGAGAGGGGAGAUGAUGACCUUGCCAGAUCAGGUGCAGUUUCUGCGCCUCAUGGUCAAGGUCUGUGGUGCUAAGAAAGCCUUGGAGAUUGGUGUUUUCACUGGAUAUUCCUUGCUCAAUAUUGCUCUCGCCCUUCCUUCCGAUGGCAAGGUUGUAGCGGUGGAUCCAGGGGAGGAUCCCAAAUUUGGGUGGCCAUGCUUUGUGAAAGCAGGGGUAGCAGACAAGGUGGAAAUUAAGCAGACGACUGGUCUUGAGUAUUUGGAUUCUAUGAUAGAAAAGGGAGAGAAAGAUUGCUUCGACUUUGCCUUUGUGGACGCAGACAAAGUGAACUACGUGAAGUACCAUCCUCGGCUAAUGAAGUUGGUGCGAGUUGGAGGGGUGAUAAUGUAUGAUGACACACUCUGGUUUGGGCUAGUGGGGGGCAACGAUCCACACAACCUCCUGAGCAACGAAUACAUGCGCACUUCUUUGGAGGGUAUUAAGGCCAUCAAUUCUCUCGUUGCCAAUGAUCCCAAUCUUGAAGUUGCCACCAUCUUCAUGGGCUAUGGCGUUACUGUUUGCUACCGUGUUUCCUAGACCACCCACUGGACCAUUUUCUUCUGUUAUUUCUACUAGAAUAACACAGACAGACCAUUUCUUCUGGUUUUCCAACAGUCGUGUGUGAGGGACUCGGGAGAGAGCCCUAAAUUAUUAUUGUUAUUAUUGCCUUUGUUGGUUCCUUAGCUACGUAUAAAUUAUUAUUGAUAUGCAGUACGAGUUUUUUUGUGUGAA